GUCGGAUUUUACAUUUUUGUAAAAGGAUCUAUCCUCUUUCUUUUUUCGUUCAUCUUUGCUCAACUGGAUAAACCCCUACCCAUAAUUUCAGCAUUGCUCCUUCUCCCAACACAAAUUGCUAGGAUUCUUCGAAAUGGCCACAAUUUCAUCAGCCAUGAUAUCAUCAACCAGUUACCUCCAUCACCACCCAACCUCUAAAUCCUUCAAAACCCAACUACCCAAUUCUUUUAAAUUAAACCCCAACCUUUCUCAACCUCUCCUCAGAUUUACAAUUUCACCUAUCGUUUCUAAUCCUAGACAACCAACAAGACUUCUGUCUGUUGCCGAGGAAACGCCGGUGGCGGUGGUUACUGUGGACCCGUCGUCGGAAGCCGCCAGACGACUGUACGUCGGUAACAUCCCUCGCACAACAAACAAUGAUGAACUCCAGAAGGUUUUUGAAGACAUGGUGCCGUUGAGAAAGUUGAGGUAAUGUAUGAUAAAUACUCGGGAAGGAGUCGAAGAUUUGGUUUUGUCACAAUGAAGACUGUUGAUGAUGCAAAUGCAGCUAUUGAAAAGCUAAAUGGCACGGAAAUUGGAGGGCGUAAAAUAAAAGUAAAUGUAACAGAGAAGCCUUUGAACGGAGUGGUCUCAAUUCUUGAAGCAGAGGAAACCCCGUUUGUUGAUAGCCCUUACAAACUUUAUGUGGGGAAUCUUGCAAAAAAUGUGACAUCAGAAUCACUCAAAAGCUUUUUUGCAGAAAAGGGAAACGUUCUUGGUGCCAAAGUUUCACGUGUUCCAGGGACUUCAAAAUCAAGUGGAUUUGGGUUUGUUUCAUUUGCUUCAGAAGAGGAGGUAGAGGCU